UGUUCUCCAGUCUCCAGUCUCCUGCUCCUGCUCCUGCUGCUGCUGCUGCUUCUACUGCCGCUCACACGCUUUCUCUCUCGCAGCGAUUACACACCCAAGCUCAGGAUUUUAUCUGUCCACUACUUCUUUUUCUCUCAUCGGGCUUCGUUGGAUGCACACAGGGUCACUGGACAUUUUGAAAUAGUGCAGAGACGCCAUGCAGGCCCAGGACCUCCUGAGACAGCUGCGGAUGCCCGAGAUCAGCGACGUGCGGGAGUACGUGCGCAGCCUGCCUGCCAACACGCUCGUGGGUAUGGGCGCCCUGGCGGCCGUCACCACCUACUGGUACGCCACGCGGCCCAUAGCCCUCAAGCCGCCCUGCGACCUCGCCAUGCAGUCCAUCGAGGUGCCGGGCGAGGAGCAUAUCAGGCGCUCCGUUCUACUGGAUGAGGGCAAAGAGUUGAUGACUUGUUACUAUGAAGACGCACGCACAAUGUACGAAGUGUUCACACGAGGAGUGAGGGUGUCGAAUGAUGGGCCUUGCCUGGGUUCCAGAAAACCCAACCAGCCUUAUGAAUGGCUGUCCUAUAAGGAGGUGCAAGAGAUGGCUGAGAAUAUCGGCGCUGCACUCGUCCACAGAGGCCACUCGCAUAGUGGGGACAGGAAUGUCGGCAUCUUCGCGCAGAAUCGGCCAGAGUGGACGAUCUCCGAGCUGGCGUGUUACACAUACUCCCUGGUGGCCGUUCCCCUCUACGACACGCUGGGCACAGAGGCCAUUGACUACAUCAUUGAGAAGGCCGCCAUCUCCACGGUCAUCUGUGAUGUGGCCGACAAGGCGCGCCUGAUCCUGGACUGCCUAUCGAACCGCAAGCACACGGUGCGCACCAUCGCCCUGAUGGAGGCCUCCGAUAGCGAGCUGGUGGCCCGUGCACAGACCUGCGGCAUCGAGAUCCUCAGCCUCAAGGACCUAGUGGUGCUGGGCAAGGCCAACCAGAUGAAGCCCGUGCCCCCGAAACCCGAGGAUCUGGCCAUAAUCUGCUUCACCAGUGGAACGACAGGAAACCCGAAGGGCGGCAUGCUCACGCACGGAAAUGUGGUGGCCAACUGCGCUGCCUUCAUCAGAGUCACAGAGGGUGUGUUGAGGCCCACCAGUCAGGACGUUCUCAUCUCCUUCCUGCCUCUGGCUCACAUGUUUGAGAGGGUGGUGGAGGGAGUCAUCCUUAUCCACGGGGCACGGAUCGGCUACUUCCAGGGGGACAUUCGUCUGCUGAUGGACGAUCUGAAGACCCUGCAGCCAACCGUCUUCCCUGUAGUGCCGCGUCUGCUCAACCGGAUGUUUGACAAAAUAUUUGGGCAGGCCAACACUCCACUGAAGAGGUGGCUGCUGGACUUUGCCUCCAGGCGGAAGGAGGCCGAGAUGAAGAGUGGAGUUGUCAGGAAGGACAGCAUGUGGGACAAGCUCAUCUUCAGCAAAGUCCAGGCCAGCCUGGGCGGUCGCGUGCGUCUCAUGAUCACUGGAGCCGCUCCGGUCUCUCCCACGGUCCUCACAUUCCUGCGCGCCGCCCUCGGAUGCCAGUUCUAUGAAGGCUAUGGCCAGACUGAGUGCACUGCAGGAUGCUCCAUGUCCUUACCUGGGGACUGGACAGCAGGUCAUGUGGGUGCACCUCUGCCUUGCAACCUGAUCAAGCUCGUGGAUGUCUCCGAUAUGAACUACCUAGCGGCCAAAGGAGAGGGCGAGGUGUGUGUUAAAGGACCAAACGUGUUCCAGGGUUAUCUGAAUGACCCAGAGAAGACUGCCGAGGCGAUAGAUAAAGAUGGCUGGCUUCACACAGGCGACGUUGGCAAAUGGCUUCCGAACGGCACUCUGAAAAUCAUCGACAGGAAGAAACACAUCUUCAAGCUGGCCCAGGGGGAGUACAUAGCCCCCGAGAAGAUCGAAAACAUCUACACCCGCAGCGACCCCGUGGCCCAGAUAUUUGUGCACGGAGACAGUCUUCAGGCCUGUCUUGUGGGCGUUGUGGUGCCAGAUCCUGAUUUCCUGCCUGGGUGGGCAAAAAAGAGGGGCAUCGAGGGCUCAUACACAGAGCUGUGCAAGAGCAAGGAUCUGAAGAUCGCCAUACUGGAGGACAUCGUCCGGCUGGGCAAAGAAGGAGGCCUUAAGUCCUUUGAGCAGGUGAGGGACAUUGCACUACACCCAGAGAUGUUCUCUGUCCAAAACGGCCUGCUGACUCCGACUCUGAAGGCCAAGCGGACGGAGCUGAAGAACCACUUCAGGGAUCAGAUCGACCAACUCUACGCCCGCAUCAAAAUGUGACCCCACAUCACCACGCAAGGGAGGGGAAGAGCACGUGUUGGAAAAGAGAAGUGUGCAACCAAGACAGACAAACAGGGCCACGCUCAGACAGAGGCCAUAGCCUGGCUCCUCUCGUGACCCCAGUGGCCUAGCAACAGGUGACCUGCACCAUCCCAAUGAGUAAUCUACUAGUAAUCACCAUCAUUUCAAUCCCAGUAACACAAAGAGCGUUUUGGUUUUUUUUUUUUUUGGGGGGGGGGGGGCUUUUCAAGUGUCCUGGUCUGUAUGCUGAUGAUAAAGCACCCAGAGCUUGCUGUUUUAACAGAGACAAUGGAUAACCUUAUGCCUUAGCCAAGUGGGACAACGCUCCACACAUGUCCAAAGUCAGUGGCAAAGCCUCCAGCCUUAGAGUGAGCAUCUCCCCCGUCAACCCCUCGCCUCCCCCUCGGCCCUCUCAGGAGAAGGGGUCUGUGCCCCGCCCGGACUAAGCACCACCAGGCAGAAGACCUUCAGUAAGAAUGUGACAUGGGAGUGAGGCUGAAGAGAAACAUAUCUGUUUGUUACAACAAGAAUCGUGCAACAUUUCAGUUGAAAAGUUAUUGUGUACAUAGCUAUCUUAUUUAAAUGUUCUUUGUUGUUUUUGAGCUAUUUAUGAAAGAUCUGGAUGUAAGGAUGUAAGAGUCAUAGACGGAUCAGGUGUGGAGUGAACAGCUGGACACAGAGCAGGCAUACAAGAGGCACCAAUUGGUGAAUUUUACUCUUAUGCUUUCAGUUUAUGAUGCAGAGGAUCUAUUGACUUGUACGCAAAUUCCUCAUACCAAUUUGUUCACAUUUCUUUAUACCUGGCACUUCAGGUGAUUCAUUUGGGGAAUUUAGAGUCAAUAGCAAACAAGUCAUAAGAAUGCAAAAUUUAAGUUAAGUUAUUUAAGACUUUGUUCAUGGUCAUAGAUGUUAUCCUCUUUUCAACAGGACUUCACAACAGAAUCAUAACCUUUCCCUUCAAAGGAAUGUGAUACUUACCAUCAUAUUUACAAGACCGUAAAUAUGACGAGCACUAAUAUUAGAUGGCCGCUCUGUAGUUUUAGCACUAUCUGUUCUCUUGUGCCUGUGAUGUCCAGUCUCCAAGUGGCCUUCAAAGACUAUCUAAAUUAUGGAGGCCCGAGUGACCCAGAAAGCACAAAGGGAGUUUGCGACAAAAUGGGGGUGUCUCCAUGAAAACGUGUCUCAGAGUUUUAACAUCAGAUCAAAGCCAUUCUCAAAGAGCUUCAUAAACAUUUGCAAGAGGGCUGGCUGGGAUUGUACAGCCUUAUGCAUACUGCAAGCAGAAAGGAUACCAAUGCUGAAUGUUAAUGUCAGCUAGCCUUUGUUUAAAUUAUUCUAAAACAAGUAUGUCAGGAACAGCUGCCGUUCAUACAGUAUAUGGCUGGAAUUGAGCUUUCAGUGCCAAGCAAAGCAUUUAAAUGUAGCUGUGACAAACUUGGACAACUGGAAAAAAAUGUGAGAAGCACAGCAUGAUGGGAAAUGUUGUUUGUACAACGAGUUAGAGGGGGAUUAAUCAGUGGAACAGAGGCAGUGGAAACCUAAACUCGCUUCUCCUGGAAUGAGGACCUGUCGAGUUUUAAUGUCUUGGUCUAUCACAUUUUUGUACAAAUGUAAGAUGCAUAUAUUUCCAUAUUUCAAGGUAUACCAAAUAAACACUAUUUUGUGUGUAUUUGA